AACCUAGAAAAUUGCUUUCACUUGUUCAUUGUUGAACAUUGCGGUAGGAUUGAUAAAACUUUACAGUCAGGAUCAAAUUUUACCUUUUCUGAUUCAAGUAAAAUUUACAAUACAACACUGUUUUAAAGCUGUAUUGUAUCAAAUUAUCAUUCCAUCAUGUAUAUCAGACUACUUGAUAAAAUUGGUAAUUUGGUAAUGAGCUCUUAGAGAAAAUGUUUACAAUGUGUUGACACUGCUUUUUCGAAUGAUAGGAUUAAUUUAGAAGCUGAAUUUAAAAAAUUGAUCCAAUUAUAAAAAAGAAAAACACAAAUAUGGAUCCACCAAACGAGUUUCCACGAUUGACCAAGUCAAUGAGGGCAUUUUCAAAUCUAUCCAAUCCUCGUAACAUAAAUAAAGAAGCACAAACUUUAGAUGCUCUUCGGAGAAGGAAGGCCCAGGAAAUGAAGAGGAGCUUCACGUAUAACGAAUUCGUCAAUUUUGCAUGUAAAAACGAGAUAAAAAUGACUGUUGGUGUCCUCCAUUCUAUUAGAUCACUUGCCGGUCAGUUAAGUGGCAAUGAUCAGUCAAAGGAAGUUGUCGAUGAAGCAACAAUUUUUUUGAUACGCCUCUUCUAUGGAGAACGAAUUGUUCUGAACCGUCACCUGAUGCUACUCAGGCAGAUGUUCGGUUUAGUGACGCAAAACUUUGCUGAUAAUAUUUGCGUUGAAGUGAACAAGCUAGCAACGCUACUCUCCGAAGACUGUCUGGAAACGCUGGAGAAGAGAUGGCUUAGCAGCAGUACAGCAAGUGAGAAUUGUAACGGCUCGGCUAGGGAAAUGUAUGGCGCGAAAAUCCCAUACGCGGCUCCAAUGGCAAGUGCCAACGGCCUGAAAAUGCCUGACGUCAGCUUUCUAUGCGAUCUGACCACGACGUCAACACCACAGCUGCAGACGCUUGAGUCGUUUUCAAUGAUCUACAAUGGCCAGACUAACAGUCACCAGUCGGCCGACGACAAGAAUGCAAGCAGCAGCAGCAGCAAGAAGCAUACGAUGGACAGAAACUGGCUGAAGAGGGAAUUGAAAAAGUGUCCCGGCUCUGUAGGUGAUCUGUGUGAAUCAAUAGUAUCACUUUUGAAAUCAUCCAAAACUAGCGAUGAACUCCAGAAUGAGCUUUUUGAACUGUUAGGAUUUGAUAGCUUUGAGCUGAUCCAAACCUUAUUGAAGCACCGCAAUGAUAUAACAGCCAACAUCGUCCUUGAAGAUAAGAAGCAAUUCGUUAGUGCAGCGGCAGCAACGGUGGAGCCAAAGCGCCCCACCUACGGGUGCCAAGUAGUGGUGCAAUCGGAGCACGAGAAGCAGCUCAAAAAACUGGUGCGCAAAGAAGAGAAGAAGGUCAACAAGAUGGCGGCAGGAAGGGAGGCCAACGACAGUGACGAGGAAAUUGAUAUCAUGGAGCUCAGGGCGAAAAGGAUAGCAGAAUUGUCAGCCCCAGUCGUGAACCCGCUCCUGACUGCCAAGCCUUCAGCAGGAUCUUCUAAGCCUGCUAAACCUAAAAAAGAUGAUUAUCCACAUGUCUAUGACUCUCUCAGCAAAGCUAAAGCUACUGCUGGUUACGUAUCCGUUCUAUGUUAA